AUGAAGCUGCCGAUUGGCCAUAGCGUCGCGUCUCAGCGGCCCACCCAGAGCUCUGGAAAGCUAGCAGACGACCCAAACGAUCCCAUAUCACAUGCUUGUGCCUAUAUUUCCCUCGUGCCACAAGCCCUCCUCGUGGUCUACGUGACCCUGCUCUGGGCAACCCGCGAGGCCGAAGUCUUCCUGACCUUCGCCGGCCAGCUGGGCUGCGAGCUGGUCAACUACAUCUUAAAGCACCUCAUCAAGGAGGAGCGUCCCCUCCGCAAAUGGGUAUUAUCCGAAAAUUUAUCCGAAGAUCGCGCCGUAGGCAGCGGCUAUGGCAUGCCCAGCUCGCACGCCCAAUUCGUGUUCUACUGGGCCUUCUCUGUCACCCUCUUCCUCAUGGUGCGCCACAACCCGAGCAGAUUGCAUCGCGUUGAGGGCAUCGCAGCGGCCGCUUCCGAGGAUAAGGACGGCGAGUGUGACAAUAACGAGCAAAGAUCUACCUCAUCAGAACCCCCUUCCCUCCGAACCAUCCAGCAAGCCUACCGUGCCGGCGGGCUCGCUGCCGCUAGUGCGUCCAUCGAAGCUUACUCCCACGGUCCCUGGACCCUGACCCAGCGCGUAAUCGUGAGCGUUGCUGCGUUCACCAUAGCAAUCUUGGUUUCCUGGAGCCGUGUGUACCUGAGCUAUCACACGCCGCGACAGGUAGUCGCUGGGGCUGUCGCGGGGACGGGGUGUGCCAUCGCCUGGUUCGCUGUGACGUACGUGCUACGCGAGACAGGCAUGUUGGCGUGGGCGCUGGAGUUGCCAGUUGCAAGGUGGCUGAGGAUCAGGGAUCUGGUUGUGGAGGAGGAUGUGUGUCAGCCAGGAUGGGAGGUUUGGGAGAGUAGGAGGAGAGUUACUAUGCAGAAGGAACGGGAGAGGGAAAGGAAUAAGAAGAAGGGGGAGUGA